UCCCUGCAGGUGUUGCCCGGGUGGACCCCGCAAUGGGAUGUCACGCCCCCUCGGGGAGCACAGCAGGAGCCAGGGCCUCUCCCAGCCGCUGCUGUGACGGGAAGUGAGCCCUGCCGGACGAUGUCCACCACGACCACCGUCGCCCCCGCGGGCAUCCCGGCGGCCCCGGGCCCCGUGAACCCGCCCCCCCCGGAGGUCUGCAACGCCGGCAAGCCCGGCCGCAAGACCAACCAGCUGCAAUACAUGCAGAAUGUGGUGGUGAAGACGCUCUGGAAACACCAGUUCGCCUGGCCCUUCUACCAGCCCGUGGACGCAAUCAAGCUGAACCUGCCGGAUUAUCAUAAAAUAAUUAAAAACCCAAUGGAUAUGGGGACUAUUAAGAAGAGACUAGAAAAUAAUUAUUAUUGGAGUGCAAGUGAAUGUAUGCAGGACUUCAACACCAUGUUUACAAAUUGUUAUAUUUAUAACAAGCCCACAGAUGACAUAGUGCUCAUGGCCCAAGCCUUAGAGAAAAUUUUUCUGCAAAAAGUGGCUCAGAUGCCCCAGGAGGAGGUUGAACUGUUACCCCCAGCUCCCAAGGGCAAAGGCCGGAAGCCAGCUGCAGGAACCCAGAGUGCAGGUACGCAGCAAGUGGCGGCCGUGUCCUCUGUCUCCCCGGCGACCCCCUUUCAGAACGUGCCCCCCACUGUCUCCCAGACGCCCGUCAUUGCCGCCACCCCCGUACCAACCAUCACCGCAAACAUCCCGUCGGUCCCCGUGCCCCCGGCGGCCGCCCCGCCACCUCCCACCACACCCAUCGUCCCUGUGGUCCCUCCCACGCCACCCGUCGUCAAG